GACAUGUCGUUAUUUUGGUUUCGAUUUUAUUCUACAAUUUUAUUUUUUCUAUUUACUUUAGAAGGUACAAAUUGUUCUAUUCCAUCGAUUUUUUUAUCGCAGAAUGGUCCUCAACCCGUACCUUCACUCGACGAUAUCGAUGACGACACGUUUAAUGAACUUAUUAGGGAACGACCGGACUUAGAGCAUAUUCUAAAUAUUCAGAGAAAGACACAACUUCGCCGACAUGAGAUGCCUUAUUUAAUGAAACAAAAUAAAAAAAAUGGUAAAUAUGAAAAUGACAACGAGCGACAGAUAAUGUUGGUCGAAAACGAUGAUGAUGACAUCACGAGACCUUUAAGCGACUUCCAUGACGGACGUACCACUGUGAUAAUAGACCCAUCACUUGUGCCGGAAUACCCCUUAAACCCAAGGAAAAGGAAAGGAAGCUCUGGCAUAUAUAAAAAAGAACAACGUUUUAAUAAUACCAGAAGGGGUAUAUUAUGGGAUACUCCCGAAGAGAGGGCUUGGAAAAAUGCUUGGUGGGCGGCUCACUGUUACAAUUGCUUCAUCGGCCGCGGACACACACCACGGCACAAGUUGUGUCAUGCAGCGUUCCAUUCAAAUAAUUGGAAAUAUAGAACACAGAAGAGAUAUUUUCGAACCGCCUGUUACUACAACUGGGCUUAUCGAAAUUAUGGAUAUUGGAAGUAUAAGGCUUAUUCGUGGUACGGCGAAUAUGAAUAUCACUGGAGUCGUGGUCUAACAGUACACCGAAUGGGUAUGUAUACAAAAGGAUGCAUGAAGAGGUAUUCGGAUGUUGGUGAGGUCUAUACUAUGCGUGCUUGUCGAGGUUAUUGGCCAAUGUACAUAGGUGGCUACUUAGAACAUAGACAGAUUAGAAAUGAUCUUUGGAUCGGGAUAUACCCAAAUCAUACUUGUAGAAUGGCUCAUCACGCAACCUUGAUCCCAUUUAAUCGGGGAAUAUCACUGUUUGGUCGCUUACGCUCCUGCUCAUGUGUGGGCAGGUAUUGUAACAAUGCUGUCGUCAAUAAUAUUUAUAUGCCGUUACUUGUAAUUGAAUUUUUAAUAAUUUAUAUUGAAGUAAAGCAAUAAUGAUUGUAGAAUUUGGAGAAAUUAUUCAUUAGUUAUUAGACUUAUUAGACAAAGACGCUAAAACGGGCUGUUUUUUUGUCGAACCCUAAUAGUACC